AUGGAAUCUGAGAGUAACUUGUCUAAUCCGAUCAAUUAUCCGGGAGGCGUUCGACAGCAGUUCUGUGUCUCGUGGAAUUCCCAUCAGUCCAACAUGCACAGUGCAUUUCCAAAGUUGCUGAGCUCUGAGCAGUUUGUCGAUGUGACUUUGGCUUGUGACGGAGGCUCGAUAAAAUGUCACAGAGUUGUGCUGUCUGCCUGUAGUGACUACUUGGAGCGCUUACUGUUGGAGAUACCAUGCACUCAUCCCAUCAUUUUCUUGAGAGAUAUGAGAAUGUGGGAACUCCAAGCUCUAGUUGAGUUUAUGUAUCGUGGAGAAGUGUACGUCGAGCAACAACAACUAGCAAAAUUGAUGCAAGCGGCUGACGUUUUGCAAAUACGUGGUUUGUCCAAUCAGUGUGAUAACAACUCGAGCGACAGCAACACACAAAAUGAUUCUAACGCGCCUGUUACUCCGUCACCGCCUAUGCACGAUACUCCCAGUUUCAAGGUCGAGGAUACUUCAACCAACAGUGGUAAUAACUCCAAUUUCCUCCCGUGUUCGGCGAUGGCGACGACUAGCUCAGGAAACAGCUCCUCGCACACCGUCACGCCCGUUCCACAUAAUUCCAAUUCGUCAUCCAACUUUGUGAACAUGGAACACAGUGAGGCAUUGCAGCAUCUGGAGAAAGCUCUAAGCGCAUGCGAGGCCACACUUACCGAAACUCCGGGUAUGGUGAAGAUGGAGCCAGAUGAACAAUUUACUCAACAACAAGAAAUCAAACCGUAUUCCAUUAGUAUGGUAUCCACUAACAAUUGCAGUAACCCUACCAGCCCAUUCCCCGCUAUCGAAGGUUAUCAGAGACGACAGAGGCGCUCUGAAGAGGAACUUAAGCAAGCUUCAGAUAUGGUGGCACGCGGCAUGACGUUUCAAGUAGCUUCGGAAAAGUACAACAUACCGAUCAGCACAAUCCGUUUCUACAUGGUUAGGAAGGGCAUCUUGCAGAGGCGAAAACGCGGCCGCGGCUCGAGCAACCUCGGCAUGAACAGUCAACCGGAUAGUCCUGCCAGUCCUCCGUACCAUAUGAUGAAUUACCGUUUGCCGGAGAGCCUAAAUUCCAGCCUACCGUAGUGCUGUACAAAGAAGAGUAGUUUAUUAUAUGAGAUAUAAUUUAAAGAGAAAAGGAAGAAGAAGAAGAAGAAGCAGUUAAAGCAAUUAGGAAAGAUGAAGAAAUAGAAGAAGAAGAGGAAGAAGGAGAAAUUUGACUAUGUCAGAUAUAACCGAUAUUUUUUUAAUGACCUCAGAAUGUUUUGACGAGUAGACACAUCUCCGUAGUGUAAGUUAUUUUUUAUUACAUCAUAUAUUUAUAUGAUUUAGUGAAGCGCAUCUUACUCUCUCAUUAAGUUGUCUGUGGCAUCUGUAACAUCGUUAACGCAUAUGUAUACCGAGUAUUUAUCCUCCCUUUUUUUUUCGUUUUGUAAUUUAAAUAAGCCUUUAUGAUGGAAAUUAUACGGCGGUACUUUGUAUCCUGCUGCAUCAGGAGAGUGACGCUUAAAAGAUCAAAAUGUAUACAAAUUGUAGAAAGACAACGGGACUUGUCCACAAACGAUUAGUCACUAUGUUUAAGACUGGUAACACGUGGCUAACAUAACCAGACAAAGUCUUAGACACACAGCAAUCCUCAAUCUAUUAUACAGAUAUUUUUGUAGGCACUUUGUCGAGGAAAGUUUCUUCUUUCUGCCUUUAUUCUAUAUACCUUGAUAACUUAUACAGUGUAAGAGGACCGGUAUUUAUUCAAAGUUUACCAUUUAGCUUUGUUGAACAUCACAAGAGAUGAACGAUCAUGACGUAUGUAGUGUAAUGCUUUUUACAUGCUAGUGUACAAAUGACAGCAUUUGUAAUUGAUGAUAAGAAUUACCGGUGUCCGUAAAAAUCACAAGAUCGGCUCUUCUCGUUAUUUUUACGAAUACUGGUUCUGCCUUUUCAAAGAGGUUUAAUUAUAUGACAACAACUGUGGCGCAUAUAAUGUAAUUGUAACGGUGUAUUGCCUUUGUUAAAUAGCAUUUGGAUAAAGCCAUAUUUUUCCAUGCAACGCAAUAAUCCAGCAAAGUAAAUUACAAUAACUGAGAAGCAGCCUAAAAAUAGGAAAGAGUGCCAGAUAUAUACACAAAAAUAAUAAAAAAAAAAUGGACAUGAACAAUAACACAUAGAGGAUAAAGUAAAGUUUACUAUCACUUAGAAUGUAACUGCCUUUCUCUGGCCUCAUACCGGAUCAUUAAUUUAUUUAUAUUAGACAAUAUGCAAGAUACGUGUGUGUAAAGGGAAAAAAGUGAACUAAUCUAACUUUAGAGAGCUUUGCUAGAGCUUCUAUUACUUGCAGUAAGACUGCUGCCAUCCGACUGAUAAAUGACGUUUUCAAGAUUCAAGUUGAACAUUUAAUCCAGCAUAUGUCACAGAUCUUAUUGUAACUUGUAUUUAUUCUCAUUUAAUCAUUUUCUACGUGCGAUCAUACGUACAUUAAUCAGUUGUCUUCUUUUGUUUGCAAGAUAUCGAGAUAUCGGGAGAGAAAGAAAACAAAAAGAGAAUAAUUAGUCACAUAUUGGAUAUUAAUGAUGUUAAUGUGAACUAAAGGAGAGAAGAGGGAAAAAAAAAACAUGACUUACAAUUGUUGCCUGUUGCAAUGUCCAGACAGUUGAGGUAAUGACUUACUCGUAUAUAGCAUUCUUUCCGAGAGAAUCAGUAUCGUGUAAAUCAUUGUUCUAAGAGUUCCAGUUGACAAAGGUUUUAUACGGAUCUAUUAAACCAGUAUUUCAAACCAAUGAGAAAUAAUUAGUUUUCUAUAAUAAUACAUAAUACAUUUUAUGUGAAUUUAGUACAGUGCUUAAGUCAGUAAUGCUCAGCGUAUCUAACAAAUAUUUUUAGUGGAAGUCCGUGUCAUACUCACAUGUAUCAUAAUGUCUUAAAGUAUGUAACUAAACCACAAUCAAAGAAGUGUGAACGAUACUUAAUGACUAUUAUCUCAUAGCCACUAUUGUAGCAGUAAAUAUAUAGGUAGCCACUUUGAGGCAGUUUAUAUUAUAUUUAAUUACAUGAUACUAUAUAUAUAUUGCUUUGGUCUCUCCGUUUUUAUGAUGGUAUUAUUAUUUGUAGAUAGAAUCCUUAAAAGAAAAAAAAAAGCUCUAUAGAGUCGAUUUUGAACCUCGUAUCACUUAUUUUUAAGUCUUUUUUACAGUUACCGAGAUAAAUACCUAAUGUGAAUUAAAUAGGCAAUGCAAUUAUAAAAGUCCAACACAUACACACAGAGAUGAGAUAGAUCUGUUUGCGUAUCAGUGCGUUUACGAUGGUCAUUUUGUUAUCUCUCGGACUAUAUGCACAUACGAUUAUAUUGCAUCGUACUUUUGGCAACGCUGAACAGUAUAUAUUUGUAUAAGUUGUAUUUUUAUGUGUCCCAUUUUUUAGCUUAAGUUUUUAAUAUUAUAAUUCGGAUUAUGUACGGCUGCGUGCGGUAAGCUUCUCGAGGUAACGCGUCGUGAACGCGAGUGAGCGUAAUUCGAGGGCAUGUCGGAAGCUUUGAAAUCGUCGUUUCAAUCAGUAUCACGAUAUCAUGAUUGAAAUCUUUUUCAUUGAUAGGAAUUCGCACGUACAUAUUGUAAUGUUUAUUAUAUAUAUAUAUAUGUGUAACUCUUCUUCGUUUGAGAUUGAUCUGUACUUUGUGCUCCUUCGUGUUACGUCGGGAAAUGUACUCCGGACGAUCUCGCAGAUAACCGACGUAUUAAUUAUCUUCCUGGAAAUGUAAAUCUUUAACAGACGAUUGCUUGCCUAUUUACGAUCGCGCGAGUGGAAAUUAAAUGCUUUGAUGUUUUCGUAAA